AUGUCCCGGCGUGUGUUUGCUUCCGCGGUGCUGCUCCUAUUUGUCGUGAUGAUGUGCUCCAGUGGUAGGGCUUCGAACGCCGUGACGAGUAAUUCGGGGAAUGUGCAAUUGCCUCAUACGGUCGAUCUAUUUUUGCCGAAUCAGACGCUGGUUGUAUCGAAAGAUGGAAGGUCUCAAGAGACGAAGAGGGAUGCAUUUGUUUCACCCUCUCUCGUCAGUGCUGGUGGAGUAAUUGCUGCUUUUGCCGAGGGUCACAUGGAAACCAAAUAUCAAGGUGGUCAAUCAACUAAGCCGUCUUCUGAUGUAGUUGCAGAGUACAUCGACUCUGCGUGGGAUUGGCCCACUCUUGUUGAAAAGGUUAAUAAAGAUACAUGGCGGGCACACACUGUGCUUGGUGCAGCGGAGGGAAAGGAUUAUCGUAUGGGUGGUUUGCAUCACCCAACAUCAAUCACGAGGGGCAAUAAGGUGUUUCUUCUUGCGGGAGGCUUUGGUGAGCUCAAGGAAAGUGGUGGGAACUGGGAAUGGGGCAAAUUUGAGCUGACACUGGUUGUGGGUGAUGUCACGAAUUCUACGCCCGGCGAUCCGGGUGGACGGAUCAAAUGGGGUGACCCAAGACCGCUGUUCGAUUCGAAAUAUUCAUUGAAUCACAAAAGUAAAUUGAAUACCUUUUUUGCUUCUGGUGGCUCAGGUGUUCUGAUGGAGGAUGGCGCCAUUGUAUUUUCUUUGAUGGCGGUGAAUGAAAAAAAUGAUGGCGUUUUACCCAUGAUCAUUUACUCGACGGACGACGGCAGUACCUGGUUGCUCUCUGAGGACAUUUCACCUGCGAACUGCUUUAACCCCCACAUCACCAAGUGGGAGGGAAAACUUCUCAUGAUUGUUGACUGCGAAAAAGACCAGAGGGUGUACGAGUCGCGUGACAUGGGGACAACGUGGACGGAGGCCAUCGGGACGCUUCCAGGCGUGUGGGUCAAGUCACAAUUGGGAGACUAUCCGGACGAAGGCUUGCAUGUGGAUGCCCUCAUCACCGCGACCAUUGAGGGCAGGAAGGUCAUGCUUUACACACAGAGAGGGAAUUUCUCGGGGGAAACGGAAAGGACCACUGCGCUCUACGUUUGGGUGACGGACAACAACCGCUCGUUUUCUGUUGGACCGGUUGGCAUGGACAAUGCUGUGAAGGGGGAGCUUGCCGGCGCCCUGCUGUACUCGGAUGGCUAUUUGCAUCUUUUACAACAGAGGGUCAGUGCUGAGGGCAGUGCCAUUUCACUCUCCCGCCUGACGGAGGAGCUGAAGAAAAUCGAGUCCGUCCUCAGCACUUGGGCACAGCUUGACGCCUUUUUCUCCAAGUUGUCUAUACCCACGGCGGGUCUUGUGGCGGUAUUGUCAAACGCAUCGGCCAGCAAUGACAUGUGGUACGACGAGUACCUUUGCCUGAAUGCAACGGUGAAUAAAGCGGUGAAGGCCGCGGAUGGGUUGAAAUUGAUGGAGCCUGACUCCAGGGUAAUGUGGCCUGUGAACAUUCGGGAAAGUGAUGUACGUCAUAUAUCCUUGAGCCAAAACUUCACGCUUGUGGCGACGGUGAUCAUCGAAGAGACUCCGACUGCGGACGCUCCUCUACUGUAUGCGGAGUUGUUUGACGCUGGGCCCCCGUAUAUCAUAAGACUGUCGUACACCGCGGAUAGCAAGUGGGAGACGAUGGUCAAAGGCGACACAAAAACAACAACGGAAAGUGGCACAUGGGUGGCGGGGAAAGAAUACCAAGUGGCACUCAUGCUGCAAGGCAACAAGGCCUCUGUGCACAUUGAUGGCAAGUCGCUGGGGAAGGAAGAAGCACUGUCAACAGAUGAGAGGCCACUUGAUGUCGCAGGCUUUUGCUUUGGCGCGUGCGGUAUGAAAAACUCUCCUGUGACGGUGGCGAACGUCUUUCUGUACAACCGCCCACUGAAUCCCACUGAGAUGAAUGCAAUCAAGGACAGGAAACCCGUUCCGACGAGAGGCUCGGAAUCGCAAGCGGGAGGUGUUCCUCAAACCAUCGCAUCUGCUGUGUCUGGCCCAGAGAAAAAUUCAGCAGCACCAGCGAUGCCCAUGACAUUGGAUCCCCAUGCAGUUGAAGAAGUGAGUGAGGGUGGAGCGGCAAAGAGGAAUACCUCUCGGACUGAGGAUGUGCAAUUCGUUGUGCCAGAGGUGAGCUUGAAUUCUGCUGGGAGCGGACUGCUGCCGCUGCUUCUUCUGCUGUUGGGGCUGUGGGGGUUUGCGGCUGCGUGA